CGCCAUCGGAAGAUAAUUAUAUAACUCUGUCUCUAAACAAACUGGCUGCAAACGGUUCAUAACCAAAAGAGUUUGAUUGACAGGCUCUCUAUAUAAGAGGAGGGAGCUGGAUGCCUCAGUCACUGUUGUGCCUAAAGUCCUGCGGACUGUGGAUGCAGUGAACCAAAGUGGACUUUACGCUUUUUACGCACGAGGUGUACAGGAGAUACCACUUCUCUUUCAUUUAAUCAUCGGCUUUUUAUUCUGAUUUCAUUGUUUUUAUUUUAUUGUUGUCGGAUAUCUGAUUGUUUUGAAAAAAUAUACACUGCAUUCGUCAGGUAAGUUACACGGCACCAUAGCCUAUUUAUCGCUGAACUUUUCUGUGUGGAGAUAGGCCAGCAGGUAUAAGGUACGAGAGAAAUGUAGCUCAGCACUUUAAGUAAUUCAUUAUCUGAUGACUGAAAACACUUUUCAAAGCAUUUAAGCGAUUAACACGCAUUAAAACAGAAUCUGCAUGUGAUGCUGUAAACAGCGUAUUGUAGCUGAAAAGCUGGAUUUUUUUGGUUCGUCUGUUGUGUCAUUAUUUGAAUUAUUCAUUGUGAGGAUCACGUGAAAAAAAUCAAAUCAAUUUGAGAUGCAUUGAUGAUGUCGAAAAAAGACUAGAGGGACAUAAAUACUAAUUUAAAAAAAACAUUCCUGUUGUUUUUUUAAGGAGAUAUGAUACUCAGGAGAAGUCUCUUCUUGCUGCUCUUAUCUUGUCAUUUUCUCCACGCAUUACCUCAAGAUGGUGAGCAAGAGGAUGAGACGUCAUUCGACUUGUUUGAAAUCACCCACAUCACUCGCAAGACUCUGGGGGCCAAACUGUUUCGGGGCCAAAACUCAGAUGCCCCUGCUUACCGCUUCAUCCGCUUUGACCACCUGCCCCCAGUGAGCUCCCCCAUAUUAAAACAAAUACUACGUCAGAUCCAAAACAAUGAGGGCUUUGUGUUUGUGGCCAGCAUGCGCCAGGACCGCACCUCACGGGGCACCCUGAUUGGUUUGGAGGGUCCCGAUGGCCGGCGGCAGUUUGAGAUUGUGUCCAAUGGGCGGGCCAAUACUCUGGACCUGGUAUACUGGGUGGACGGCACCCAAAAUGUGGUUUCCUUUGAGGAUGUGGACCUGUCAGACUCCCAGUGGAAGAAUAUCACACUUCAUGUUCAUGGGGAAAAUGCAAACCUGUUUGUGGGCUGCAGCCUGAUAGACAGCUUCAUCCUGGAUGAGCCUUUCUACGAGCACCUGAAGGCUGAGGGGAGCCGCAUGUAUGUUGCAAAGGGAUCCAUUCGGGAGAACCACUUCAGGGGCCUUCUGCAGAACGUGCGUUUUAUCUUCGACACCACAGUGGAAGACGUCCUGCUGAGCAGAGACUGUGAUGUCCCUAAACAAGAUGAUGCCAAUAUUGUGAGCGAGAGCACAGAAAUUGUGGACGUGAGUCCCUCGAUCACUACAAACAUUAUCGGUCAGCAGACACACGAUGCGAGCGCAGAUAUGUGUGAGCGCUCCUGCGAGGACCUCAGCACCAUGUUCCAGGAGCUCAACGGCCUGCGUGUUGUCGUUAGCAACCUUAUUGAUGGCUUGCAAAAAGUGACAGAGGAGAACACAGUCAUGAAGGAGGCCCUUGGGAGAAUGAAGAACACUAAAGAGAAAAACAUGUGCUGGCAGGAUGGCCGCCUGUUUGACGAUAAGGAAGACUGGGUUGUAGACAGCUGCACCAAAUGUACCUGCCAGGAGUCCAAGAUUGUUUGUCACCAAAUUACAUGCCCUCCAGUGGCCUGUGCCAUCCCGUCAUUUAUCGACGGCGAGUGCUGCCCCGUGUGUAUGCCUACACACAGUGAGGACGGCUGGUCCCCCUGGUCAGAGUGGACAGAGUGUACUGUCACCUGCGGGACUGGAACUCAGCAGAGGGGUCGGUCAUGUGAUGCAACGAGCAACCCCUGCACCGGACCUUCCAUCCAGACCCGCAAGUGCAGCCUGGGCAAAUGCGACAGCCGUGUUCGCCAGGACGGAGGUUGGAGUUUGUGGUCGCCGUGGUCGUCCUGCUCGGUGACCUGUGGAGAAGGACAGAUCACCAGGAUACGACACUGCAAUGCUCCCAUGCCACAACUGGGGGGUAAAGACUGCGAGGGAAGUGGGAGAGAAACUCAGCGCUGCACUGCCAAACCCUGUCCCAUUGAUGGCGGUUGGGGUCCUUGGUCUCCAUGGGCAACCUGUUCAGCAACAUGCGGAGGGGGAGGCAAAAGUCGAGCGAGGGUAUGCAACAGCCCUCAACCUCAGUACGGCGGCAAAAAUUGUAUCGGAGAGGCCAACGACAGUGACAGCUGUAACACAAAAGACUGUCCUAUAGAUGGCUGUCUGUCUAACCCAUGCUUUGGGGGAGUGGAUUGCAACAGCUCUCCAGAUGGAUCCUGGGAGUGUGGCCCAUGCCCUGCUGGUUUCCGUGGAAACGGUAGCCACUGUGAAGACAUCAAUGAGUGUGACAUGGUGUCUGACGUUUGCUACAAAGUGAGUGGAAUGCAGCGCUGCGUCAACACCGAUCCAGGUUUCCACUGCCUGCCCUGUCCGAAGCGCUACAAGGGCAACCAGCCUUUCGGUAUGGGUGUGGAGUCUGCCAAAAAGAACAAACAGGUGUGUGAGCCAGAGAACCCAUGCAAGGACAAGACCCACAAUUGCCACAAAUAUGCCGAAUGUAUCUACAUCAGCCACUUCAGUGACCCUAUGUACAAGUGUGAGUGCAGGACCGGUUACGCUGGAGAUGGCUUCAUUUGUGGAGAAGACUCUGACCUGGAUGGUUGGCCCAAUCAGAACCUUGUGUGUGGUGCCAAUGCCACAUAUCACUGCAAGAAGGAUAACUGCCCCAGCCUUCCCAACUCUGGACAAGAAGACUUUGACAAGGACGGCCAAGGAGAUGCUUGUGACAAGGAUGAUGACAACGAUGGAAUUCUAGAUGAGAGGGACAACUGUCCCCUCCAAUACAAUCCUCGCCAGUUUGACUUUGACAAGGAUGAAGUUGGCGACCGCUGCGACAACUGUCCCUAUGAACACAACCCUGCUCAAAUAGACACCGACCACAACGGAGAAGGGGACGCCUGCGCAGUGGAUAUUGACGGAGAUGACAUUAUGAAUGAGAGCGACAACUGCCCCUAUGUGUACAACACUGAUCAGAAGGACACUGACAUGGAUGGAGUUGGUGACCAUUGUGACAACUGUCCAUUGUUGCACAACCCUGACCAGACCGACGUAGACAAUGACCUGGUUGGAGAUCAGUGCGACAAUAACCACGACAUUGAUGAAGACGGCCAUCAGAACAACCUGGACAACUGUCCCUAUGUGGCCAACUCCAACCAGGCUGACCAUGACAAGGACGGCAAAGGAGACGCAUGUGACUAUGAUGAUGAUGAUGAUGGUGUCCCUGACGACAAGGACAACUGCAGGCUGACACCCAAUGCAGACCAGAUAGACGCUGAUGGCGAUGGAAGAGGGGAUGCCUGCAAAGAUGACUUUGAUAAUGACAAUAUCCCAGAUAUUCUUGAUGUGUGUCCGGAGAACAAUGCCAUCAGUAUCACAGACUUCAGGAAGUUCCAGAUGGUCCACUUGGAUCCUAAAGGAACCACUCAAAUUGAUCCCAACUGGGUGGUCCGACACCAGGGCAAAGAGCUGGUUCAGACUGCCAAUUCUGACCCAGGCAUUGCAGUAGGUUUUGAUCAGUUCAAUGCUGUGGACUUCAGUGGAACGAUGUACGUGAACACGGACAGAGACGAUGACUAUGCAGGCUUUGUGUUUGGCUACCAGUCGAGUGGGCGCUUUUAUGUAGUGAUGUGGAAGCAGAUCACACAGACUUACUGGGAGGACAAGCCCUCCAAGGCCUUCGGCAUCUCUGGCGUUUCACUCAAAGUCGUCAACUCGACUACUGGCACUGGAGAAAACCUCAGGAAUGCUUUGUGGCACACGGGCAACACUGCUGGACAGGUGCGGACUCUGUGGCAUGACCCCAAAAACAUUGGUUGGAAGGAUUACACAGCUUACAGGUGGCAUCUCAUGCACAGACCGAAGACUGGUUUUAUAAGGGUUGUGGUCUAUGAAGGUAAACAAAUCAUGGCCGACUCAGGACCAGUUUAUGACAAGACGUUUGCCGGAGGAAGGUUAGGCUUGUUUGUCUUCUCUCAAGAGCUGGUGUUCUUCUCCGACCUCAAGUAUGAAUGCAGAGAUAAGAUGGAGUUUCCAACUGUGUUCAUAAGAUAACUGAAUCGAGUCUGACAGAAAGAAAUACAUCAGACGGCAAAAGACAAGAGUCUCUCAAAGUAAACAUCACGUCAUCACUAAAUCCAUUUCAAAGUAAAUGAGGAUUUCCAUACUUCUCCACGCUUUGCCUUGAUCCAUCCAAUGGAGAGAAAACCAUGGCCGAUUUCAGUUUUCCUGUUGACUUAUACAUUUCUUGAGAUGGUAAUGAAAUAAAUUAUGAGAGUUUUUUUGUUUUUUUGAAAAGCAGAUUACCUAAUUAUACCAAGUGUACCUACAUUUUAAAGGAUUAAUUGUACAACCACUUACACGCUGUCUGCUUUCCUACCUGUCGUUCUCUAUCUUUAAUCAUUUCGGCUUUGGGAUUAAGAUGCUCAUUUGUGGCCAAUCAUACAGUGUCUGACAAACAUAAACUGUAACAAAAGCAUAAUCAUUUAGCUGUCAAGUCCAUUAUUAUUUCUCCUCAUUAUUUUCAUCCUGAAUGUGUGUGUUUGUAUUUUUUAUGGAGAACAAUUUAAAUAAGCCAUUUUAGUAAAUGCCAAAGAUGUUUAUACUAAGUCUGUAUCAUAAUUCCUUUUUGUAAAUUAUUUAUGCUCUGCUUGUUUUGUUUGUUUGCAUCUUUUGCUGGAGUUUGUAAAUAAUUAUUUAUUUGUUUACACUGACAAAGCGCAUAAUUGUAUAUCACAAACAUCAAGAUAACACAUUAUAGUAUUGCAAGAUUUUUAAUGUUGACAUGCAUAUCCUAAAGUUGUUUUUUAAAUAUUACACAAACUGUAGCGAAAAGCUUUAGAGAGGAUAAACAUCAGCUGCUUUUAAGUAAUCACAUACAUACUGUAAUUACAGCACGUGUUUAUGUAUGUGAUAGUAGCUGCCAGAGGGAGUUAGUUCUGGUAGUAUGUGUAUGUUACAAAAAGCCACUGUUUAUUUUCUUUGCUGUCCAGACAGAGCUUCGCUGUCCUCAAAGUGAUAUAUCACUUUGGUACACGUGGAACA